AAUAUUAGACGUUACCAUCUCUCUAUAUUGGCGCUCUCUCUCCAUCCCCGGCCCCCACUCUCUCUCUCUCUCUCAACCUGCUCUCUUCUCCAUCUCAAUCACCAACUUUGAAGUGGCAACAUCUAUAAUUUGUGCAACAUUGAUAUUGUGUAAUGCUGUAGGUUUGUACCCUCUCCCUUCAUAUUCUCUUCAUCUGGGUACGAUCAAUAAACCAUUUUGGCAUCUGGGUUUCCACUGAAUUCUGCUUUUGGUUUGCUAAAUUUUGUAUUUUGGUAUUUUCUUUCCCCUGUUGUUAUAUAGUCUGCAUUUGUUGCUUCAUCUAUGAAAAUGAAACUUUCAAGAAAUUGUUUUGAAAACAGAGGAAGGGAGUAGUGCUUAAUUAGUCUGUUUCGAUCGUGUACUUGAUUUGGUGUUUGUUGAUCAGUUAUAUGUUUCCACCACCCAUUGAUAGCAGUUCAAGUUGAGUGAAGCCAUUGAUAUUUCUUCUCCCAGUUCUAUGGAGCCUCGACAACGUUCAAUCGAAGAUAUGUGCAAAAGGAGAUUGCAAAGAAGCAAAGCAUACGAUGUUGACAAGCUUUUCAACAUCCCCAUCCAAGAUAAGAUUGCCAAAUGCAAGUUUCAUCACAUGAAACUUGUCCUGGCUAUUGUUAUAUCUGGCGUUUUUGCGAUGGUUCUCUAUUUGCCAACGGUUUAUCAUCACGAGCAUGUAUCACCACCCGUUUCUCAGUCGAAUUUCGUGAGCAGAUUCGAUCCUCGAUACAUAUCGAACUUAGAUAUUAGCUGGGAAGAAAUAAAGAAGGUCAUCAGGACAAUAGCUGGAAACAAGUUUCUUAGUAUCGGUCUUUUGAAUUUGAACAAGAUUGAAACUGAUCACUGGAAGCAGGUUACUCCCGAUUCAGAUCAUACUGUUCUGCACCUAGCCUAUGUUGAGACAAAUGUGACUUGGGAUACCUUAUACCCGGAAUGGAUAGACGAAGAACAAGAAGAUGAAAUCCCAGUUUGCCCAUCACUACCAAAAAUUGAAGUGCCAAAGAAACAGCUGGAUCUCAUUAUCGUUAAGCUUCCUUGUCGAGAUCAUGAGGCAAACUGGUCUAGAGAUGUUGCUCGUUUGCACUUGCAGCUUGCUACUGCUCAGCUAGCAGCGUCAAGCAAAGGAUAUCAGCCGGUGCAUUUGCUUUUUGUCACCAAGUGUUUUCCAAUUCCAAAUCUGUUUUCCUGCAAGGAACUUGUUUUACGGGAAGGCAACAUGUGGUUAUACAAACCAAAUUUGCAUACAUUGGGAGAAAAACUCCGGCUUCCUGUUGGUUCGUGUGAACUUGCACUUCCGCUCAAACCUAAAGAACAAGGGCAAUCUGGAAACAGUCAUCGAGAGGCAUAUGCAACAAUUCUCCACUCUGCUCACGUCUACGUCUGUGGAGCCAUAGCAGCAGCACAAAGCAUCCAAAUGACCGGAUCCACCCGCGACCUUAUCAUACUCGUUGACGAAACAAUCAGCAAGUACCACAGGCGCGGACUCGAGGCUGCAGGGUGGAAAAUAAGGACAAUCCAAAGAAUAAGAAACCCAAAAGCCGAAAAGAAUGCCUACAACGAAUGGAACUACAGCAAGUUCCGGUUAUGGCAACUAGCGGACUACGACAAAGUCAUCUUCAUCGAUGCUGAUUUACUAGUACUUAGAAAUAUUGAUUUCUUAUUCAGCAUGCCAGAAAUUUCUGCCACCGGAAAUAACGGAUCGCUUUUCAAUUCUGGUGUUAUGGUGAUUGAGCCAUCAAAUUGUACUUUUCAACUUUUGAUGGACCAUAUCACUGAAAUUGAAUCGUAUAAUGGUGGAGAUCAAGGAUAUUUGAAUGAAAUUUUCACUUGGUGGCAUCGGAUUCCGAGACACAUGAAUUUUCUCAAGAACUUCUGGAGUGGUGACGAUGAAGCAGUGAAGGCAAAGAAAACGAGGCUUUUUGGAGCUGAGCCUCCGAUUCUGUACGUGCUUCAUUUUCUAGGAUUCAAGCCAUGGAUGUGUUUUCGCGACUACGACUGCAACUGGAAUGUGGACUUCAUGCAGGAGUUUGCGAGCGAUGUUGCACACGAGAAGUGGUGGAAAGUGCACGAUGAGAUGCCGGGGGAGUUACAGCAGUUUUGCAUGUUAAGGACGAAGCAGAAGGCGCAGUUGGAGUGGGAUAGGAGGAAAGCCGAGAAGGGGAAGUAUGUGGAUGGGCAUUGGAGAAGGAAAGUUGAGGAUCCGAGGUUGAAGAAGUGUGUCGAUAAGUUGUGCUCGUGGAAGGACAUGUUACGGCAUUGGGGUGAGACUAAUUGGACAGAUGGUGCGUUUUCCGCUCCAUCGCCACCAUACAUUACCAAGGCAUCCCUUUCUGGAUUGUGAAAAGGGUUUCUUCUUUCUUAUUUUUCACAGUACUUAAAUAUAUUUUGGGACAAUAAAGUAGUAUUACUUAAGGCAUAUGUGCUUUAUAAUUUUGUAAAGUAAAUAACAGUCAUUCUGUGGAAGAAAAAUCUCCUUGCUUUUC